UAUAGUUGUGUACCUGUAUUCAGUGUGUUGAAGCUCUAGUAGUUGAAUGUUUGUUGUAUUUUAGUAAUUUCUGACUUCUUUGAGAAGCAAAGUAGGCUGGCUAAAAUAUGGGUACAAAAAGGUCAAUUUGAUUUUAAAUUCCUCUUUCCUGUUCAAAAUGGUAAAAUGUCAAAAGCUCAGCAUUAAAGCAUUUAUUUAUGCUGAACAGUCACUUUCUUGUUUUUUAUUACAUCUGCUCUAAUACAUUUCUUGAGCACUGUGUUUCUGAUGUGGAAUAACGUGUUAUACUGUAAUUUCUCAUGUAUAAUGUGCAAUUUUUACCCCCCAAAAUUGUCAAAAGUCAAUAGUGCGCAUUAUAAAUACGUAUAGGAGCAAAUGAAUAAAACUUUCACAUUUUAUAAAUGUAUGCCGUCAUCUAGUGGUUAUGAAAAAGCUGUACACGUUCAUUCCAAAAUGCCACCGCCACCUAGUGGUUGUAAAAAGGUGUAGCCUACACUUUCAUUCCAAUAUGACAAGGGUACGCAUGACUGCAUAUAUGUACAGUUGUGUUCAUAAGUUUACAUACCCUGGCAGAAUUUGUGAAAUAUUGAUUUUUUAUUUUUUUUUAAAAUAUGACUGAUGACUGAACAACAACCAUCAUUAAUUUCUUUACGGUUAUGUUUUGUUUAAUGAUAAUGCUUUUCUGAAAUGCUUGACCGUUUAAUUUGAAAGCCAUUAAAAUAAAAUUAAAUGUGGUUCACCUGGUCCUUCAUGUUUUCUUUAAAGAAUUGUAAUUCUUACAAAUUCUGCCUGGGUAAUCAAACAUAUGAGCACAACUAUGUGUUUUCUAAUUUACUAAAUAUAAGUAGGGCUGUGAAUUUCAAGAUAAGAGCAACUAAAUUAAAAAAAAAAGUAUUACAUGUUCAAAUAAAGUGCUUAACUUUAGAAUUAUUCUUUUAAAAAACUAACAAAAUACAGAUAAUAUUUCAUGUUUUGAUCAUAUGGGUAGAAGCAAAAUCAUGCAUUGUAAAAAUGCAUCAUACAUAGGUAGAAGGGUUUUCCAGAAUUUUGAGGUCAACUUUGGGGGUGUGCAUUAUACAUGAGAAAUCAUGGUAGCUUAAUGCAUGACUUUCAGUCAUGUUUUAGAAUGUCACAGUUGGCCAUUUGGGACUAUAAUGUUCAAGUUUAUAAAUAGACAUUUUACCUUACCUUUACGUAAGACAUCUCUUGUAAGACUGAGUAAAAAGUAAAAUCACAAAGGAAAAUAGCUAUCAAGUCACAUGCUGCAGAGCGCUACUGUACUUCAUAGUGAACAGUGGGCGUCUUGUGUGUGGAUUGAGCUGAACAUUCACACUAAUCUUCUUUUCAGUUGUCCCACUUCAGCCUGGAGCUUUUGUGUCUUGACUUUGUACAUAUUCUGCUUAGUGGAAAUCAGUAUUGUAUAACUAUUAAGAUAAAAUGACUUCAACCUUGAAGGGAGUUUACCACAUCACAGCAUUCAGUUGGUUUGCUUUUGUUGUAAUGACUCUGGCUGCUAAGGAUGGAGAAGAAUUACCACCUGGAAUUUUUGUUUACGGAGGACCUUGGAAGUACCUCACUUUUUUGAAUUUGUUACUACAAAUGGUAUUCUUUGGCCUGGCCGCAGUGAAUGAUCUUCAGAAUGGGGAAAACUCAGGGGGCGCGCUCAAUAGAUGUACAGAUCUAAUGUUCUCUAUAUUUGCCUUCCCUGUGGGCAUGUUUGUUGUUGUUCUUUUUUGGACUAUCUUUGCCUAUGACAGAGAGUUGGUCUACCCGGCAACAAUUGAUGCCUUCCUCCCUCCUUGGAUAAACCAUGCUAUGCAUACAUUUGUCCUUCCUUUGUUACUUGGAGAAUUUCUGGUGCAGCACCAUGCCUACCCUCAAACAAAGAAUGCACUGGCAACCCUGGGAUUAAUGGGUUUGGGUUACCUAUUCUGGAUUGUCUGGGUGUACUUCUCAGCAGGAAUGUGGGUGUAUCCCCUCCUUGGGCAAUUCAGUGCUGUUGGUCUGGUGGUCUUCUUUUGUUUUAAUAUGUCUGUGGUGACAUUGCUCUACCUUCUUGGAGACAAACUCAACACCCGAGUGUGGAAAAACACACUUAAUCACCACUGACAGGGGAAAAGUCAGUAUAGGGCUCUGAUAAUUCCAUGACCUGAAAUUGCUUGUUUUUUUUCCAAAGGCAACAAACCACAUUCUUUCCAAAUACAAUACACUGAAUAAUGUUGAAGAAUAAUUAUUUGCAAAUUUUAAACCUAAACAUUACAUACCUACUAAGACUUGGAAUGGCUAUUAUAAAGCAAGUUGAUACUAAUGCUUGAAGGAUUUGAGACACACUGCACUUCCUCAAUACUGUAUAUUUUCAGCAUAUACGUAUACAGUAACUGUAAAGGUCCAGUUCUACAUGUUAACGUUGCAGUUUAACAUUUUAAUUGCUGCCAACUCCUCCAAUAAAGAAAGUUACAGCGACA